AUGGGUUACCUGAGUCUGCCUUAUAGUCAGGAGCCUGUGGUGUUUCCAGCCGUCGUUCGUGUAUCUGAGGUCAGGGUAUCUCAUGAAGGUCAUCCGGCUAUCUCUCGACGGAAACGGAACAUCCUUUUCCCAAAUGGAGUGAAACUUUGUGCACAGGAGACCGCCCAGCAGGUUGUUGCAAACCAUCUGAGCUACUUCCAUCUCAGAGUGUGCCAAGAGACCAUAUGGGAGGCAUUCAAGAUCUUCUGGGACCGCUUGCCAGAGCAAGAAGAGUACCAAAGCUGGAUGAACCAGUGCCAGGAGGGGACAGUCACGGCACAAGAUAUUGGCAGCUACUUUAGCCAAUCAGAGGAGCAUCAGGCUCUGGUUCAAAAGUCCCUUUUUCCCCCACAUGAACUCAACCCCCUAGAAGACAUAGCUAAAGAAGAAAAGGAAGAGGAGGAAGCAGCUGCCAUCAUCCCAGAGGUGGAGGAGAGUCUAUUGGACAAUGACAUUGCCGUGCAGCCUCCCACGCCCACUGUGCUGGAGCAGGUGGUGGAGCUGAGCAUCCUCCUGACUGGAGAGAUGUACAGUGACAACCUGGGCGAUCCAGCCAGCCUCCAUUACCAAACCCUCAGCAGACAGCUUGCUGAAAAGAUAGAGGAUGCUCUGGAGGGGCUUCCUGGAUUUAAGAGUGUGUCUGUGUUGGACUUCAGACCCCAGAAGGACACCCAAGGUGUGGUCACUCACCUGUUAAAAGACAUAGCUAAAGAAGAAAAGGAAGAGGAGGAAGCAGCUGCCAUCAUCCCAGAGGUGGAGGAGAGUCUAUUGGACAAUGACAUUGCCGUGCAGCCUCCCACGCCCACUGUGCUGGAGCAGGUGGUGGAGCUGAGCAUCCUCCUGACUGGAGAGAUGUACAGUGACAACCUGGGCGAUCCAGCCAGCCUCCAUUACCAAACCCUCAGCAGACAGCUUGCUGAAAAGGUCCAGGAUGCUCUGGAGGGGCUUCCUGGAUUUAAGAGUGUGUCUGUGUUGGACUUCAGACCCCAGAAGGACACCCAAGGUCUGGGUGGCGUGGUGGUGGACUAUGCUGUCACAGUGCUGGUGGAUGGAACAGGGGUGAGCAAUGAACAGCUGGACUAUCUGACCCUGCAGUCAAACCUGGUGGAAAACUCAUACCGUGAGGUCAUGGAGCGCCCUACAUUGGUCUACACCAUCAGUGAGGUCAAAAACUUAAUCACUGAAGCCCUGCAUAAUGACGAGAGGGAGAGUGUGUCUGAGGUCCCCGAGUUUGUCAAUGCUGCAGAAGAAGCGGCGGUGAGUAACAAGUUACCUCCACAAAUUAAGGCUGCCGAAGAGCCACCAGAGGUCAUGAUCUUAGAAGGGGACACUGAAGAUGUCAACAUAGAUGACGUCCUUCCCGAGCCCUCUGAAACCAACACAGUGCCGACAGAAGAACAUGACGUCAUUGUUCUGGAGGACAGUGCAGUUAUGUCUCCUGCUCCUGUCCUGACGACUAGUGCACCCGAAGCUGGCAGCAUUGAGGAGGAGGGUCUGUUGCUGGAGGACACUGUACAGACUCUUGCUACAGACCCCCCCCUACCAGAGGAGCUCCCAGCUGAGCUUACCUCCCCUGAGCUGCCAGAUGAUGCCACACUGCCUGAACCACCUGUGGAGGUCGAGGCCUCUGGUUCAGGCACAGACGACCUGGGGGUCGUGCUCGAACCACCUACACCCGCAGCAGCAGAAGAAGAAGAAGUGUCUCUUGAGGAGACUGGUUCAGAAGAUGGGCUGAUAAUAACAGAUGUCACCAUACAUGCCAAUUCCAUCCCUGAACCUGAAACACAGGAAGUUGAGGCUGCUGCAGUGGAAGAAGAACCUACCACUGCAACUCUGGAAGAGGAACAUCUGGAUGAGGUUGUUGUAGAUGAAGUACAGAUUCAAGAGGAGCUCGAGAUCUCCACAAUCGCAACUGAGACCACAGAAGAAAAAGGCCUACCUGCCCCAGUCCCACCUCCUGAUGCUGUAGAUAUAGCGAGUGAGGUAUCAGAGCCAGAGGCAGCAGAAACGGUUCCUGUUGGUGAAGAGCUGGUGGAGGGCGCAGAAGAAGAGUCCAACCUUACAGGUGUUCCAUCUGCAGAUAAGGAAGUUAACCCCGAACAGCCUGCAGAAGACGGAGACAUUAACGUGGUGUUGACCUAUCCAGAGGAACCUAUAUUUGAAGAGGGUGGCAUGGAGGAAGUAACAGAGAGUGAGGGACUAGAGGUAAAGGAAAGUCCACCAGAAAUCCCAGCAGUGGAGGAAGAGGCCCCAGAUGCUCCAGAGAUUUCUACAGAGGAUCUUACAGAGGAUGAGAUCUUACUGGUCAACAACGACGGGGAACCAGAGCCUCCAGCGACAGAUUUCCUGACCCCUGCCCAACCGACCGCCCUCUCUCCAGAGAGGGAGUCGCCUUUCACCCGCAUCUCUGAUGCUGACCCUGUCUCUGAAGGGCAACCUGACAUCAUCAUCCCUUCAGUGGUGGAGAUCCAGACCCCUAACGAAGGCCUGGAUGAUGCCACCAUUGGGGACCAGGACUAUGACGUGAUUCAUUAUAGUUAUGAUUUGAUUAACCACACAGAGGACGGCAGCACUAGCUUUCCAUUUGUUGUGACACACGGCACAGACCAAGCCAGUAUCGCCAUGCCUGUGAACCCUGGACGAGCACUGAUGGUGUUCUUCAGCCUGAGGGUGACCAACAUGAUCUUCUCCGAUGACCUCUUUAACAAGAGCUCCCCAGAAUACAAAGCUUUGGAGCAACGCUUCAUAGAACUGCUUGUGCCCUACCUGCAGUCCAACCUUACCAACUUUGAGAACCUGGAGAUCCUGAACUUCAGGAACGGGAGCAUUGUGGUCAACAGCCGGAUGAAAUUUGGCAAGCCUGUGCCGCAAAGCGUCACCACCACUGUCUAUCUGAUCCUGGAGGACUUCUGUAACACAGCUUACCAGACCAUGAACCUGGCCAUCGAUAAGUACUCACUGGACGUUGAGUCGGGGGACAAGGCAGACCCCUGUAAGUUCCAGGCCUGUAACGAGUAUGCAGAGUGUAAAGUGAACAAGUGGUCAGGGGAGGCGGAGUGUGUCUGUAAUGCUGGCUACUUCAGUGUGGACAGCCUGCCUUGUCAGAGUAUCUGUGACCUGCAGACCGACUUUUGCCUCAAUGACGGAAAAUGUGACAUCAUCCCUGGCCAGGGAGCCAUCUGCAGGUGCCGCGUUGGGGAGAACUGGUGGUACAGAGGAGAGCACUGUGAGGAGUAUGUAUCGGAGCCACUGGUGGUCGGCAUUGCGAUUGCCUCCGUGGCUGGAUUCCUGUUGGUGGCCUCCGGAGUCAUCUUCUUCCUCGCCAGGACGUUACGGGAUCAGUAUGACAAGGAUGAGUCCGAGGACCCCAUACGGCGAGCAGAGAGUCUCCCAUCUCUGGAGAGGGCAACCAAGUACAACCCCAUGUAUGAGAGCGAGGCCACCACAGGUUACAGCCACUACUACCGCCGCUAUCCGGAAGCUCCUGUGUACAGCAGUGCUGAGGCCUCCACUGACUUCAGCAGCGAGGAGAUACGACACAUCUAUGAGAACAGUGAACUGACCAAGGAGGAAAUCCAAGACAGGAUACGCAUUAUUGAGCUCUACGCUAAGGACCGGCAGUUUGCAGAUUUUGUACGGCAGCAUCAAGCCGUCUUGGAUACCCGCAUAGAGAGCUCCUCUACCCAGGCAUGAAUCUCUCCGGUGAACAAGAAACCUCUGCGUUAGAAAAGCGAAGCUCCCUGACAAGACGCUCCACUUGCUCACCACAGUGUUUAGAAUCUGGGCUGUUUAAGACGGACAGCCAUUCAGCAUGCUGCUCUUUACUUCACCUACCAACGGCCCCUCUCUGUGUUUGCUUAAGUCCCUGCCUGUGUGGGCAGAGGUUUUGACUGUUCGUCCCCCUUCCUUGGUGCCUUCUCUUGACUGGGUGAGCUGGCUGUGACAUCAAGGGACAUGCUUGCUGCUCAUCUACUGGACGUCUUCCUUUGGGGAAAACUGGACUGCAUCCUCUUACUUGAAAUGUUAUCAGACUCAGCCCAAUCCUCUCUGCAGUAGUACUUUUGGUUAGUGUUAUAAUCGGUUUUGUUUAAUCAUGUCAUACUAUCUGUCCAUUCAUAAAGUGAAGAACU